AUGGAAUUAUUUGUGAAAAUUCCUAUUUUCUUAACACUUGGGCAAGUUUUGCUAGCUUAUGCUAGCAUGACAGAAUUACGAAGGAAAUCACAUACUGAGGAAUUCGAAGGAAUGUCAGCCUUGUUCAGAGCCAUGUCUUCAUCACCAAACGAUGGAUACACCUACAAUUGGAGUGUGGUAUCGUUUUCCACCGAUGGCAAACCUGAUUCCGGCUUGAAUUGCACUGUUUUGUACCUUGAUCAGUGCACAUCCUGGAAUAGAUGUCGGCAGACCUGCCUAAAAACUGGAGCUACCAGCUAUAGAUGGUUUCAUGACGGUUGCUGCGAGUGUGUGGGAGAACAUUGCAUGAAUUAUGGCAUUAACGAGAGUAAAUGUCGACUGUGCCCUGAACCGGGAUUUGAAGAUGAAGAGGAUUAA